CUCGGCGCGGCGGCGCGCGCCAGGGGGCGUUCCCGCGCGGCCGGCCCCGCCCUCUCUCGGCGCCGAGCUAUCCUCCCAGUUUCCCCCGCGGUUCCUGCACUGAGGUUGUCGCCGGCGCGUCCCCUGUCCCGCGGCUCGCUCGCCCUGCCGGUGCCAUGGCGGCCUUCAGCAAGUACUUGACGGCGCGGAACUCCUCGCUGGCGGGGGCCGCGUUCCUGCUGCUCUGCCUGCUCCACAAGCGGCGUCGCGCCCUCGGCCUGCACGGUAAGAAAAGUGGAAAACCGCCAUUACAGAAUAAUGAGAAAGAAGGAAAGAAAGAGCGAGCUGUGGUGGACAAAGUGUUUUUAUCAAGGCUCUCACAGAUCCUAAAAAUUAUGGUCCCUAGAACAUUUUGUAAAGAGACAGGGUACUUGAUACUUAUUGCUGUUAUGCUGGUAUCUCGAACAUACUGUGAUGUUUGGAUGAUUCAAAAUGGCACACUAAUUGAAAGUGGCAUCAUUGGUCGUAGCAGUAAAGAUUUCAAGAGAUACUUAUUCAACUUCAUCGCUGCCAUGCCUCUUAUCUCUCUGGUUAAUAACUUCUUGAAGUAUGGGUUAAAUGAGCUCAAACUGUGCUUCCGUGUGAGGCUCACUAGAUACCUCUAUGAGGAGUAUCUCCAAGCGUUCACCUACUAUAAAAUGGGCAACCUGGAUAACAGAAUAGCAAACCCAGACCAGCUGCUCACACAAGACGUAGAAAAGUUUUGUAACAGUGUAGUUGAUCUGUAUUCGAAUCUUAGUAAGCCAUUUUUAGACAUAGUUUUGUAUAUUUUCAAGUUAACAAGUGCAAUUGGAGCUCAGGGCCCGGCAAGCAUGAUGGCCUACUUGCUUGUUUCUGGGCUAUUCCUAACUCGACUCAGAAGACCCAUCGGUAAGAUGACGAUUAUGGAGCAGAAGUAUGAAGGAGAAUAUAGAUUCGUUAAUUCACGGCUUAUCACUAAUAGUGAAGAAAUUGCCUUUUACAAUGGGAAUAAACGAGAAAAGCAGACAAUCCACUCCGUCUUCCGAAAACUGGUGGAACACCUACAUAAUUUCAUUUUUUUCCGGUUUUCUAUGGGUUUUAUCGAUAGCAUCAUUGCCAAAUAUAUUGCCACUGUAGUUGGGUACCUGGUCGUCAGUCGCCCGUUCCUAGACCUGGCGCAUCCGCGACACCUUCACAGCACCCACUCAGAGCUGCUGGAGGAUUACUACCAAAGUGGAAGAAUGCUUUUGAGAAUGUCUCAAGCUUUGGGGCGGAUAGUUUUGGCUGGGCGUGAAAUGACUAGAUUGGCUGGUUUUACGGCUCGGAUUACGGAAUUAAUGCAAGUACUAAAGGAUUUAAAUCAUGGCAAAUAUGAACGUACAAUGGUGUCACAACAGGAUAAGGGUAUUGAAGGAGCACAAGCUAGUCCCUUGAUACCUGGUGCUGGAGAAAUCAUCAAUGCAGACAACAUUAUAAAGUUUGAUCAUGUUCCUUUAGCAACACCAAAUGGAGAUAUCUUGAUCCAAGACCUUAGUUUUGAAGUUCGAUCUGGGGCCAACGUUCUCAUUUGUGGUCCAAAUGGCUGUGGAAAGAGCUCCCUUUUCCGUGUUCUUGGUGAAUUAUGGCCUCUCUUUGGAGGACGUCUUACUAAACCUGAGAGAGGAAAGUUAUUUUAUGUUCCUCAGCGACCCUAUAUGACCCUGGGAACACUGAGAGACCAAGUAAUAUAUCCAGAUGGAAAGGAGGACCAGAAGAAGAAGGGGAUAUCUGACCAAGUGCUGAAGGAGUACUUGGACAAUGUGCAGUUGGGCCAUAUCCUUGAGCGGGAAGGAGGCUGGGACAGUGUUCAGGACUGGAUGGAUGUACUCAGCGGAGGAGAAAAACAAAGAAUGGCGAUGGCAAGAUUGUUUUAUCAUAAGCCCCAGUUUGCCAUUCUGGAUGAGUGCACGAGUGCAGUUAGUGUGGAUGUGGAAGACUACAUUUACAGCCACUGUCGGAAGGUCGGCAUCACCCUCUUCACUGUCUCACACAGGAAAUCCCUUUGGAAACACCACGAGUACUACCUGCAUAUGGAUGGCAGAGGCAAUUAUGAAUUCAAAAAGAUCACAGAAGACACAGUUGAGUUCGGAUCAUAGAGACCAUCUGGAGAACUUCACACUUCACAAGAGAAUGAAUGAACAGAAUGCAUUUGUAAACAAUAUGCAUUGUAAAAUAAAGUUAAGCUUGUUUUUUUUUAAAAAAACAAAGCUACAAAUUGACUAGAUAUAGGAUAAUUGAAACAUGUUAAAACAUUUAAUAUUGUAUAGGAUAUUGCUAAUUGUGUAUAUGUUGGUUUAAUUAUUAAUUAUGUACUAAGAAUGUCCUUAUUCUUGUGGUUAAAAAACCUGCCUGAAUUAAAUUGGGCUUAAAUCAGUGUAACCUGAUUCAUGGGAUGUAAUCCAUUUGAAGUCAGCUAAUUUGACUUUUAUAGCUCUGUCUUUUUCUUUAAUGAAGAACCCUAUUUAAAACUGGGUCAUUAGCUGUUUAUUCUAACAAAGUAGUCUUGAUUUCCUUUUUGUUUUUUUUUUUGUUUUUUGUUUUUUGUUUUUUUUUUUUUUUUGUGCCCCAUGGUAGUGGGAACCAAACCAAUCACAAUGUUUUAUUGGAACAUAUUCCAUCAUCACAGGAUAGCAUUUUAUUAAACAGUGGCGGAUUUCUCUAGCUGCUACAUUUAUUCUCAUUCCUCAUACAUGCCUUGAGGUGCAUUUGACUCCAGGAGAGCCAUUUGGGUUUUCUUUAGCUAAAUAAUAAAUGUACCCGUCUCAGUCUUUUGGACUGAGUCGUUCUGAAGGUUCUCGUGUGGACAGCAUUGUGUGCAGUCUGCUUACAGCCUGUGCCUGCUCCACAUUGUACCAGUCUUACCAGUGCUUGAGAGCUCAGACACACCCUGCUGCGUGAAGCGGGAGGGUUUUAGAUUUUGUGACGGGAACCGGAAAGGUCAGAGUGUGGCUGUGUCAUGGUGAGCACCACAUGGCUGUAGAGGCCCGACAUGAGGUAAUGCACUGAGCACGCAACGCCACUGCUGCUGUGCGUGGCUGUGGGUUCUUAAAAGUGCUGACUUUGUCAUGCACGUGGGCGAAUGACAUUUCCUAGGAGUGGCCUCUGACUCCUGUGCAGCUGCUUCUGUGUCAGCUCUGGCUCCCUGGAACCAUGAGUGACUUUGCACAAAGGAGGACUGAGAGUGGACGCGAUCAGUAAGUCGUCGUGAAUCAGUUUGAUGGAGUGGGCUCGGAAAGGGGCAUUAUCACGAUGGUGUUGUUUCUUUGUAACUCAUAAUCACUGGCUACCAGGAUAACCCUGAUGUAUUGAUUCCGUGAAUACAUCACAUUCAAUCUUACCAUGUCUCCUUAGCGAACGUGUGUACUUAUUUUCUGUUCAGAUUAAAAAAAAAAUGAAUAACCUA